UUGCUAAUGAUCAUAUGUCAUUGUAUUUAUUAUUUAUGUCUAGCUAUUGUCAGCUGUAGUCAUUGAGCAUUGGUUUUGCUUGUAUUUAGUGCGAACCAGAAAUGUUUACUAGAUUUGCAAAAAAACAACAAUUUCCAAGACCUGAAGAGUGUUGCGAGGUUUCUUUCGAUUAAAUAACCGCUGUCAGGCCUGUCAGGUUUCGUCUGUGGUGAUUUGCGGUGUUUCAGCGAAAGUGACCGACAUAUUUGCGGGAAAACAAAAUGUAUCCAUUUCAGGAAAAUGGGAAUAUUUCUGCAUUUUUGGGAAAAUUGUGGAAAAUGGUAAACGAUUCCAGUACAGACCAUAUCAUUUCGUGGAAUGAGACUGGAAAUUCAUUUAUCAUCCAUAAUCAAGCACAGUUCUGGUAUGAAAUGCUGCCAGUUUACUACAAGCAUAACAACAUGAGCAGUUUUGUCAGGCAACUAAAUAUGUAUGGAUUUCAUAAAAUCACCAGCCUGGAAAAUGCAAGUCUUUCAUCAGCCCAAAAAAGCGAUUCGCAAAGUAUUCAAUUCUAUCAUCCAUAUUUUCAAAAAGAUGAGCCAGAAAAGCUAAAAGAAAUUAAAAGAAAGGUUGCAAAACCUAACGAAGGACAGCAACCCAUAAUUAUUCCAGACUAUCUAAAAAAGGCCCUAACUGAUGUGAAACAACUUAGAGGGAGACAAUCAAGCGUCGACAGUCAAUUAUCUGCAAUGAAACAGGAAAAUGCUGUUCUGUGGAGAGAGUUGGCCAUAUUGCGACAGAAACACAUAAAACAGCAGCAAAUCGUCAAUAAGGUUCUUAUUCAAUUCCUGGUUACUCUGGUUCAACCAAGCCCUCAAUCGAGAAUGGGUGUGGGUGUGAAAAGACGGAUGCCUCUCAUGCUUCACGAGCAUUCCCUAAAGAAAACCAGAGGUAGUAAGAAAAAUGGUCUUCAAAAUAUCGACCCAGGCCCAACGAUUCACGAACUGGACUCGGAUACUGACCUGUUUCCUGAACAAUUACUUGAUGAAGCUUCUUCUAGCAUUGAAGAAAUUCCUUUGGAAAUGGCAGUCUCUAAUAUGGACAAACCUAAUAAGAUUGACAGUCCCAUUACUCCUAGUUCCCAGGGAACCAACGAAGGUCUUUCAGCGAAACCAGUCAGCUCUCCAGCGUCGUCUAACCAAAGUGAUGUAGCAACUAGCUGGCAACAAAACGAAUCAGCACUUUGGGAUGAAUCCGAUUUUGCGGCUCUAGAUGACGAAGUGACUGAAAAUGAGGAAUUAAUCAACUCAUUACAGAAGAAUAGAGAAUCGGAGAAAGUGUUCCUAAAUCCAAACAGUCGGGAUGCACUAAUUGGAAAUCUUCUAAAUACUGAAACAUACAAUGCAAUUGCUGGAAAACCAGCUGCCAGCUCCAAUAAUCAAGUAGGAGACCCUGUGGAUGAAGCUAACAUGAAAGUGGCGAAGAAGGAAUCUAAUGUCAACAUUAAUACAGAUACACGAAGUACUAAUGCUUUCAGGACUGACCUGGAUCUGCAUGUUGACAGCACUCAGACGGAAUUAGAUCAAUUAAAGGACAUCUUGAAUGGCUGCUCUACGUUCGAUCCCAGCACUCUACUUGGGCUUUUUUCUGAAAACGAAUCCCAGUACGGAAUUAAGAAUACUAUACUUGACAAAGAAAAUCCUGCAGAAGAGGAAGAAGAUUUUCCCGACCUGAUUGACGUUAGGGAGUUAAACAAUGAGGUGAGCAAUCCAGAGCCGGAUGCUAUUCUCUCUGCAUCAAACUCGGGCCUAAAUACUCCGAUAAUAGUAAAAAAUGCACCAAUAUUUCCCAAUAAAGGAGAAUAGUUCGCAUCUGCACAUGAAUGUUCAAAUAUAUUUUUAUACUUAACCAGGAAAUUUGCAGCAAGUGUAAAUAGCAAAGGUGAAAUUUUUCAUAUUGUAUUUAACUCGGAUAAAAACUACUUCCAAAACUAUUAGUAAAAAAUUUGAGUCUAUUAUUAUUGUAUAUUCUGUAAUAAUUAAAUUCUUGGUAAUGGUCAGUUAAAAUAUAUUUAAAAUAAGGUAAAUAUUGUUGAUAUUCUCUAUAGUUGAAGUGGUUAUUGGUACGGUACAGUGGCUAAUUAAGUAAAAUGUUAUUAUUUAUAGCUGCUAGUCCAAACAAUGUAAUCAAAAUUGAAUCCUUAUAAUACAACAUAUACAACACACAACCACAUACAAUUUUACAUUAAUAAAUUAGUUAGAAGCA